AUGAAAGCAGCUACAAUUGCAGCUAUCUCACGGCCAGUCGAGGCACCCGAUCACACUCUGUUCAAUCGAUACUCGUCACUGACGAGGCUUAUCCGCAUCGCUGCUUAUUGUCGCCGUUUUGUGCGGCAUUGUCGUGCCAAGUUAACUAGAAUAGAUCUGCAAGUUACACCAUUCCUUACCGCCGAGGAACUGCAUCAGGCGCUCAUCGGCCUCGUGAAGGUCGUUCAAGAUGAGUGCUUCAGCCACGAAAUCGCUAUUGUUCGGGCUGGAACUGAAGCAGAUCUAAGAAAAUCACCACUCAAAACUCUCCAUCCGUUCAUCCAUGAUGAAUUACUCCUUGUCGGUGGCCGACUAAACCACUCCUCGUACUCGUUUACACGUAAGCAUCCGAUACUCCUGCCUGAAGUGCACCCACUAACGUCACUGCUCAUCGAUUCGGUGCACAAGCAACUCCUACACGCUGGUCCUCGCGCGAUGAUCGCACACAUUCGUGAGCAAUUCUGGCCUCUACACCUUCGUAACUUGGUACGGAGGCAUGUCAACACUUGCUUGCGUUGUUAUCGCGUCCGACCGCAGUCGGAAUGUCAGCUGAUGGGCCAACUCCCGAAAGUUCGAGUAACACCAGCAAGAGCCUUCCUCAACACCGGUGUCGAUUAUUGCGGCCCUGUUUGGCUCAAGUCUCCAGUAAGAAGAGCUGCGCCGAUUCGAACCUACGUCUCCGUCUUCGUAUGCAUGGUCACUAAAGCCGUGCAUCUUGAACUUGUCAGCGAUCUCAGCACCGAUGCUUUCAUUGCUGCAUUGAAACGGUUUGUUGCUCGCCGUGGUAAACCAAUCGCAUUGUUUUGCGACAACGCCACCAACUUCAAAGGUGCAGACAAGCAACUACGAGAGCUCUGUUCGCAGCUCAACCACCAGCAAGUGGCAUCGUUCUGUGCUGAAUCCGCCAUCCAGUUCAAUUUCAUUCCUGCAAACGCACCAACGUUCGGCGGCCUUUGGGAGGCCGCAGUCAAAUCCAUGAAGCACCACUUCCGGAGAGUCGUGGGUCUAGAAGCACUGCCAAGCGAAGCCAUGCACACUGUUCUCUGCCAAAUCGAAAGCUGCCUCAAUUCGCGGCCGCUCACUGCAGUCUCGGAGGAUCCAAGCGACAUGGACUUUCUCACUCCGGGAAACUUUCUUGUUGGGUCGGCUCUGCAAUCGAUCCCCGAGCCCGGCCUGUCUUAA